AACCGGCCUUCGCCGCCCGGACCCGUAAUGGCGGCGUACGACAAGCGGCGGGCGGCCGCCCCGGCCCCAGUCCCGGUCCCGGCGGCGGGCAACGGGCUGGGGAGCGAGGCGGAGUUCCUGCUGCGGGCCGGCGUCACCGCCAUGGUGCGGGAAGCCCUGCUGAAGGUGCUGGAGGCGAGACCCGAGGAGCCGGUCUCCUUUCUGGCCGACUACUUCGAGCGCCUGGUGCUGGUCAGCCCGGCCGCGGCUGGCGAGGCCGCCGCGGAGCUCCCGGGGCUGCCGCAGCGCCUGGCCCGGGCGCUGUGGUACGUGCGUCUGGCUCACCACUCCCACAGGACGGCCUUCGACAGCAACGCGGGCGCGGCCUACGAGGUGCUGGGCGCAGGCGGUCGGCGGCGGGCGGCGGGCGUGGACGGGCGGCUGUACAGCGAGCUGCUGCGGCGCAUCUGCCAGCACGGGGCGGCGCCGGCGGAGGCGGCCGCGGCGCUGCUGCGGCGGGUCCGCUGCCGCGACCACGAGGCCGUGCCCUUCGACGUGUUCCGCUACGGCGUCCUCACCUGCUGCGUCCUCCUGGAGUUCGCCGCCAAGGCUGACGCGCUGUUCGGCGUGCUGGGGGGCGGCUCGGGCGCCGCGGACGGGCGGCUGUGCCAGGCCGUGCUGCGGGCGCUGGAGGAGGCGCUGCGGGGCGGCCAGGGCUCCCUGCCCGGCCGCUACCUGGAGGCCGGCUCCAAGCUGGGCCCGGACGGCCUGGCCCUGGCCAUGGACCGGGCGCUGCAGGAGAGGAAACUCGGUACCGCCAUGAGCCGGGAAGAGUUCCUGAGGAAAGCCACCGCCUUGUUUGUUGCCAAAGUGAAGCCCGUUGAGUAACGCCGAGGUGGGGCAAUGCUGAGGGCAUCUGCUCUCACCCCUCCAUGGAGCCGUUUUGGUUCUGGGUCCUAGCCCUGAGCUGGACAGUUAGCACCAGGGUCAGUCAGAGAGCCUGGGUAUGCCUGACAAGAUUCCUGAUUCCCUUUGUGCCUGGUCACCCCCAGUGCUGGAUGUGUCCCUGUCUGCUGUGCCUCUCCCAGCCCUGGCUCCUCUGGACCAGCUGGCAUCAGUAAAUCUUUUUUUAGACAAUAAUUGGGGACUUGCAAGGGCAGUGUUGCUCAUUACAUUGAGCAGGAGUGGGUAAAUUUGGGCUGUCCCUUUGAAUAUCCUGCAGUUCUGUCCUGGCCCAGCCAUGUCAUGUCUUGCAGCUUCAGCAGGGAACUUUUUUUCUGCUUUUGGGUUUGUUUCAUACCUGCCUGUGAAGGGAGGUGAUGCUUUUCUACCUGCUGCUGCAAGGACUCACUGGGCUGAUCUGGAGUGUAAGAGAAAGCAUUUUCUUUUUAAGCAAAAUGUUUAAAUGUAUAGCAAUGAGAAACAGCUGGGACACAAUGGGACACAAACGUUGCUGGGCAGGGCUGUGAGCCAGAGUGGGUCUGUCUGCUGGCAUCUGAGCUGUCGGGCCAUGAGCCAUCCCCGCUCCAUGUUUCCCCAACCACCUCUGGCUGCUGCCCUUCAGGCUCCAGAGAUGAAAGCUGGUCUGUGAGCCAUGACUUGGCAAGGCAGCUGCCGGGGGCUGUCACGGUUUGGGAUGCUGCACACCAGGUCAAGACAAGACAAAGCCCCUCCAUGAGGUCAUGGUUUGCUUUUGAACAGAGCUGCAUGUUGAACCAUGUAUUAUUUAUUUGAAUUUGUCUGUGUUAUUUAUUUAUACUGUGCAAUUAUUGGUUUACUGUAAGACAUUAAAGCUUUUUAUUAUUUUA